AUGGCUUCAGCAGGUAUCAAUCCAGCUCUUCUCGCAGAGUUGCCUGCACUGGCACCACCUGCUGGUGUGAUACCGAACUUCGUCGACCCCGAGUCAAGGCAGAUGAUCACGAGAGUUGUGAUCUAUGUUACUCUUCCUCUCAUGCUCUCGUUUGUGUCCUUGCGAGUAUGGACUAGACUACGAGUUCGUCAGUUCAGCGCAGAUGAUUAUCUUUGUAUAGUAGCUGCAAUCAGUGUUGUUUGUUGGUCUGCACUCGUGUUGACGAUCCUUGGAGACCCACUUGGUCCUCACCAGUGGAAUGUUCCUCUCAUCAAGAUCACUGAUCAUUUCCUAAGGAAUUCUCUCACGGGAAUCUGUUUAUACCCAGUUGCGGCCAUCUUCGUCAAAGUCACCCUGCUCGUAUUUUACUUGAGGUUGUUCCAUCCUAGUCAGCGCACAGUAGUAAUGAUCUGGGUGGGAAUUGCUCUCAUCACACUCUUCUAUCUUGCAAGCUUGAUUGCCAACAUCGUUCUCUGCUCUCCGCACAAGGGCGAUGGUGGAUGGUUAUCUGUUAAGUCGCAAACUCGCUGUGGACAGCCAUCUCUGAAGCUCUCCUCAACUCAGGGUGUAUUCAGCGCUGUCAGCGAUCUGUAUGUGCUGUGCAUUCCGCUGCAGCUCGUCUGGGAGAUGAGACUCCCACUCGGUAGGAAGAUUGGUGUCAGUGCCGUCUUUAUGACAGGACUUUUGGCAUGCGCUUGUUCAAUUCUUAGCGCAGUAUACCGCUUCCGAGAAAUGAACAACCCCGAUUUUACUUGGUCAUCCAUCCCUGUUUACUCUCUUGCAGCAGCAGAACUCAACGCAGGAAUCAUCUGCAGCUGCAUGCCGGUCGUAUUCGUCCUCUUCAAAGAAUGCAGCAAGAAACUCUUCUCCAUGCCCUCAAUGAGAUACCUCCGCUCCCGCAACCGCCGCUCCUCGGAAGAGAAAGACCAAAAAAUGGUACCAGGAACGCCGUCCGACAACCAGGACGCCCCCAAUGUCAAGUUCUCAAACUUCCCGCGCCCAAUCAUGACGGGUUUGAGGACGUUCAUUUCGGGGAGCAGGAAUCGCUCACAGCUGGAACCGAGUCAUGUCGAGUCGUACUCGAAUUCGGAGUUGGAGUCUAUUUCUGAUGAGUAUCAUGCGCAGUUCAAAGCUCCUGUUAUUAGGCAGAGUACUGCUGGGUCGUCACCUGUGCUGUGA